AUGGCGGGCCGCUUUGUGCGAGCGUCGAAAUACCGACACGUCUUUGGCAAGCCCACCCGCAAGGAGUUCUGCUACGACAACCUUCGCAUUAGCCGAAAUGCAUGGGAUACCAACUUGGUAAAGGCCAACCCCGACUACCUCUCGGUCAAUUGGGAAGCUGGCGGCGGCGGCGCCUUUGCUGUCAUCCCUCUCGGCGAGACGGGCAAGGUCCCUGACCAGAUCCCUCUGUUUCGAGGCCAUACCGCCACCGUCCUUGAUACCGACUGGAACCCCUUCAACGACCGCGUCAUCGCUUCCGGUUCCGAGGAUGGAAAGGUCUUUAUUUGGCAGGUUCCCGAGAACUUCACCCUCUACACCGAUGCCGAGGAGCCCGCCGACGUCUCCCCCGUCGGCAAGCUCGCCGGCCACUCGAGGUUCGUCGACGCCGACGCCUCCCCAAAGGUCGGCCAGGUCCAGUUCAACCCCGCUGCCGAGAACAUCCUCGCGUCCGCAUCCGGCGACUUCACGAUCAAGCUCUGGGACAUCAACAGUGGCUCGGCUUCCCAUACCCUGAAGCACAACGACAUCGUGCAGAGUCUCUCGUGGAACGCCAGCGGCUCGAUGCUAGUGACGACGUCCCGCGACAAGAAGAUCCGCGUCUGGGAUGUGCGCGCCGAGAAGCCCGUCCACGAGGCCCCCGGCCACCCGGGCGCCAAGAACAGCAGAGCCGUGUGGAUGGGCGAGCACAACCGCUUCGCCACGGCUGGUUUCUCGCGCAUGAGCGAGCGCCAGCUCGCGCUGUGGGAGCCCGGUCGCAAUGAGCCCAUUGGAGGCUUCUCCAUGCUGGACUCUAUCUCGGGUGUCAUUAUGCCCUUCUGGGACGAGGGAUCCAACUGCUUGUACCUUGCUGGCAAGGGUGACGGCAACAUCCGCUACUACGAGUACGAAAACGACAAGUUCGAGUACCUGAGCGAGUACAAGUCCGCCGAGCCCCAAAGAGGCAUUGCCUUCGUCCCUCGCCGUGGCAUCAACGUGCACGAGAACGAGGUCAUGAGAGCUUACAAGACGGUCAACGACACCUACAUUGAGCCCAUCUCCUUCACCGUCCCCCGUAGAGCCGAGACCUUCCAGUCCGACAUCUUCCCCCCCGCUACUGGUCUCAAGCCUGCCGUCAGCGCCCAGGAGUGGCUGGAGGGCAAGGAGGGCAUCCCCACCAAGAUCGACCUGGAGAGUGUGUACGAGGGUACUGCUCCCAAGGAGGUCGCCUCUGACUACAAGCCCCCUGUGAUCGCCUCUGCCCCGGCGCCAGCCGCCAAGCCCGCGCCGAAGCCCACGCCUGCUCCGGAGCCUACCCCGGUUGCGCGCUCGCCGCCGCCCUCGAUGAAGGACCAGCAGGCCUCCAUCUCCAACAUGGCGUCCAAGUUCAAGGACGACGAGCCUGCUGAGCCGGAAGAGGAUGACGACAACUCCAGUUUCGAGGAGGUGCAGAGACCAGCUCAGCGUGCCCCUGCCCCUGCUGCCGCGCCUGCUCCUGUCCGUGUCGAGCCCGCCAGGAUCCCGUCCCCUAUCAAGGCUAUCUCUCCCGCCCAAGUCAAGUCGCCCCCCGCACAACAGUCCCCCGUCAAGCCGGCAUCGGCCAACUCACCCGCGUCCUCGACGCACAUUGAGUCGUCUCUGGAUCAGAUCAGACAGAUGCUCGAGCAGCAGACCAAGCUCAUCAGCAAGCAGAACGACAAGAUUAGCCACCUGUCGGCUGAAGUCGAGGGGCUGAAGCGCAAGGUGAACGCCGGCGGGUCGCAGGAUCAGAGCGAGAGGAUCAGGCAGUUGGAGCUGGAGCUUGAAGCCGCGCGCUCUUGA